AAUGAAAUCAAUUACAAAGAUUUGAUUUCGCUGUAAACAUAUAAGGUGCUAUACAUAUUAGUUUAAUUUUUAUUAUAGUGUAUUAAUAAUUUAAUACGUUUUUCUUUUUAAAGAUUCAAGUGUUGUAUAAUUGUUAAAAAAAAUAUAUCACUAUGAUGUUUGUAAAAGAAGGGUUAUUCUGUAUUAUUCUAUUCACAUGGAUAUUCCAAAUCCAAGGUCGCCCACAAGGGGACUCCAUGAUUAAAGCCUCAGAAAAACCAGAACCAUACGAAUACCAAUACAAAGUGGAAGAUAAACCAAGUGGAAAUUACUAUGGACAAAACGAAGUUGGCAAAGAGACAGGUCGCAUAGAAGGAUCGUACUUUGUAUAUCUUCCGGAUGGUAGACUCAUGACGGUCACGUACUACGUUGAUGGAGAAAGUGGUUUUGUACCAAAAAUUACCUUCCAAGAUAAUGCUAGCCCAUUUGGAAAUAGUGAAUCAAAUUCUAUUCAGAGAAGAUAAAACAAUUUAAUAAGUAAUUUGUAUUUUUAUAUUUAAAUAUUUUCUAUAAUAAAAAAAUUUGAAAAGUCAUACAAAAUAUAUUAAUAGAUAUAAGCGACAAAACUAUAUAUUAUCUAUUAUACGUAAAUAUUUAUAACGUUAUUAAAAAUAUAUAUAAUGUUGUUAUUUUUUUUUAUUUAAUAAACUACACAAUUUAUUUUAAAAUUAUCGACACCUCAUUAUUGUACACGAUAGAAAAUGAAUCCAUCAUAAUAUUUUAUACACAUUUUACUUAUAUAAUAAUAUGCUGUUGUGUUACGUACCUAUAAUAUACAUUUAUAUAGGCAGAUAUCGUAUGCGUUUUUGAAUAUUUUUUAAUUAAUAUAAAAGUAGAUAUUAUACUAUGCUAUUUAAAUUUGAUAAUUUUUAUUAUUAAUUGUAAAGCGUAUAAUUUUGUUAAACUGUAUAAAAUUAAUAAAUGCUUAUAAUAACUGUAA